AUUUUAUACUUUCCCCCUUUUUUUUCUUCCUCUGUGGUUGUGUGGAUUUGAAAGAACUGACGUUGCCGUGAUACUUUGCAAAUUUCUAAUUUCUAGACGUGUGGAGUUUAGGAAUCGUGCUAAUCAACAUGCUCUAUCACCACAAUCUUUGGCAAGACCCUUGCCUCUCAGACCCUGCUUUCGAAGAGUAUCUCUCUAGACCUGUUCCUUUCCUUCUUCAACGUUGUCCAGGUAUGACGCGCCACGUUGCCGAAUUUCUCGCGAACAAAGUCUUUUGGGUCAGUCCUGGUGCGUUAGGAUUAGAGGAGCCGGGCGUAGACGGUCACAGUGGUGAUCGUGGUGGUCGAGUGAGCGCUGGUGAUUUGGGCGAGUGGGUCAAGGGGUUACCCGCUAUGUUCGGUGCUGGUCCUUUGGGUGCAGCCGUGGCCACUGCCGGUGAUUCGAUGCCUGCCCUCGAGAAGCCUCGUUCUUCGGAUCAUGUUCUUCGAGAUGCACAACACCAAUUCGACUAUGCGGAGGAAGAUGACGGUGAAGGCGAUGUUACUAUCCGUCCACGAGACGAUCAAGUUGAUGACGAGACUUUUGAUGCCGCAAGUGUUGCGGAAGAGGAGGAUGCGGGUGCUACGCAGCAACAAAUCUUCUUGCAACAGGACAUGGAGGCUGAGCCCGAGUUAGACUCGACGUCGUCGCAGCGUGUGUCGUCGGGUGUUAGGCAGCGGAGACGUGGCGCACGGAGGAACCGUGGGGCGUCAGUUACUCCAAGUACAGUCCCCUCAACUGUCUCUUCGCCUUUCUUGGCUCCUACGACCCUUCCCCCACCUUCAUCUUUUAUUCUGUCAACAUCCCCCCUCCAAAGCGCGUCUUCUCCGAGUGAGGAUCAGCUUGAGUAUCUCCGCAAUGAGGCACAAAUUCUCGCGAGAAGACUCUCGCGGAAGCAGCCUCCUCGGUCGCGUACUGUUGUCAAGGAAGGUGACAAACAGCAGCAACAGGUAUCCGUUGUCACAGCGCUUCCUGUGCCUAAUCCCACUCCUAUCACGACUCCUACUCCCCUUCCUAUUACUUCAUCAUUACCUCCUCUACCCGCGUCUGUGCCUAGUCCUCCCCCACGACCCGUCCCAACAUUGCGGAAGAAAACUUCCAAAUGGAACGUCUUUGGCCGGAAGGAUACCCCCGCGAGCGCUUCGUCCCCAGCCCUCGCUAGCCCUCCUGUCAAUAAGAAGGGUGGCAAGAAGGAUCCGAGCGUUGAGGUUGUGGAAAACAUGAUUUUUGCGCUUGCUUCGCCUUCGUCGUCUACCUCGGUUGAUUCUUGGCGGGUAAGGAAUGCGUCGACUGAGGCUGUUGAGACCAUCGAUAAACCGUUGGGCAGCUUGUGGCGACAAAGACCCGAUGCUCGUCGAGGGCCCGCUCCUAAUCCAUCCCCCUCAUUCGCAUCCCCCAAUUGGCGGCAUCACCCUCCGCCACCACAUUCCAGCUCUUCCAUGACGGCUCUGUCACAAUCCCCUAUAACUCCUCAAACUCCUCAGUUCAUCAUGGCCUCUACUUCCUCUUCUCCCCAUCACAACUCGAAUUACGCAUCUUCGAUCUAUUCCACCGCGGGAACAAGCAUGAAGAGUUCCGGCUCGAGUACGUUUACGAGGUUCAGCAAUGCAUCAGUGUCGACGUUUGCUACGACUGUCUCUGCUUCGUCUGGGUUCAGUUUGGGUGGCGGAGUGGGUGUAUUGGGUGGGAUGGGUGCUGGUAGCAGUAAUGGUAGUGCGAGUGUUGUUGCUGAGAAAUUGAGCGGUAAGGGGAAGAAGAGUGCUGAGGUGGGUCCGCUGCCGGAGCCUAGGUCGACGCCCGUGAGUGUACCGGCUAGACCAGUUGUCACACGACCUCUACCUCGAAACGUUAAACCUUUGCAAGGUGUUCCGUGGCUCUUGGGUGAACCUCCACAGCGGACUAACGGCAAGAAGUCUGAGGGUGACGUUCGACGUCGAAAAGCCCAGCCUUCUAACCUUGAUCCAAUCUCUGAACGUCCGAAGAAAUGGUCUGUGGGAGCGAGUCUGAGGGUGAGAGUUCCGCCGCCGCCACGUUGUCUACCACCGCUGCUACCACCGCUGCCGGUAGCAGCAGUGCUGGGACGGUGGGACAACAGCAACGACAAGGACAGACGCAACAGGCUCAGAGCUCAAGUCAGAGUCAGAGUCAAAGUUCGUCGGGUGGAGUGCCGAAGAAGGUACAGAAGGGUCAAAUUGCGACACUUGCAAAGGUGUUGUCCAGUAUUCGUCGCAAGGAUUGAGUGGGGCUUCUUCCUUUGAAGAAUCCUUCUUUCCUUUUUCUACCUCCUUUGAUUCUUUUCUGGUGAUCCCCCUGGUCUCUUUGCUUCCUCUCAUCGCACACACUUGUUGCAUAUCCUACCUACUCCGCCUUUGAUUUCGUUCCUUCAGCCCACUCCU